AUGCCGUUCGGGCUAAAGAACACAUGGGAGACCUACCAGCAUUUGGUAGACCAUAUAUUCAAGGAUCUGAUCGGGAAGACGAUAGAAGUAUAUAUCAACAAUAUGGUAGUGAAAUCUGAGCAAAAGGAAUCACAUUUUCUUGAUCUGCAGAAGAUGUUUGAUAUAUUGAGGAAAUAUCGAAUGAAGCUCAAUCCAGAAAAAUGUUCGUUCAGGCUAUCCUCGGGAAAGAUCCUUGGAUACUUGAUGACGCACAAAGGAAUCGAGGCGAAUCCGGAGCAAAUUAGAGCCAUCAGAGAAAUGCCAUCCCCAAGAACGAAGAAGGAUAAAGCAGUGAAUUUUGGUUGGACGGAUGAGUGCGAAAAGGCUUUUGAUGAGACUAAACAGUAUUUGUCAACUCCCCCAGUUUUGGUGAGUCCAAAAACUGGACAACAUAUCGGAGUUUAUCUGGAUGCAACGGAGAGCGUUGUAAGUGCAGUGUUGUUUGUUAUGCAUCCGCAUGAAAAGCCUGUUUACUUCGUCAGUAAAUCUUUGACGGCGGCGGAAACACGGUAUAAUAAAAUUGAGAAGAUAGCACUUGCACUGUUGCAAGCAUCUCGUCGCCUCAAACAUUAUUUCCAAGGGAGACAGAUCGUGGUCUACUCAGAAUACCCGUUGAAGAGAAUUCUGGAACGUGCCGAUGAUUCCAUCCGACUAUCUAUAUGGUCAAAUUUUCUAUGGGCGUAUGAAAUCAAGUACGAAACUAGAACUGCAGAGAAGGGACACACGCUGGCUGCACUGCUAGAAGAUUCCCUUGUGGACGACAUAGAAACGGUUGCCAGAGGAGAAGAAGAGUUAUUCAAACCCAUAGAGUUAUCCACUGAUCAUGAUGGGGGCGAGUCCGCAAUGGAGGUCGAUACACCUGAACCAUUACGGACCGUAUUUACUGAUGGGUUAUCAAAUGUUGGUGGAGAUGGAGUUGGAUGUAUCAUCCUUACUCCCGAAGGUUCGAGGAUCGAGAAAGAAACCAGAUUGGGUUUUCAAGCAUCAAACAAUAAAGCUGAAUAUGAAGCAGAAAUUAUCGGUUUAAAGGCUUUCAAACAGUUAGAUGCGAAGAACGUGAAGCUGCGACCGCGGUUGGAAAACAGGCAUGCAGAUGCUUUAGCAUAUCUUUCUUCCGCAGUCGAAACUGAUACCACCCAUUUCGUCGUAGUGUAUUUCCAAGAGUUACCUAGCAUCUCCGAUAACCACUUUGUUCUGGAUCUCGAACACGCUAGUGGGGGCGAGAGGGAAGCUACAUCAGCACAGAGAGAUACCGAGAACACCGACAACAAUAUGGAUGUUGACAGUAUAGUGAUAGAUGAUUCAGGCAAUCCUGCUCAAAGCGCUUCAGACUGGCGUCAACCUUCUAUCUGGUAUUUGACAACCAGUGAACUCCCAAAAGAUGAGAAACUUUCUUCAAAAGUGAAAAAAAAUGCAUGGAGUUAUUCAAUGAUCGAGGGACUGUUAUACCGCAAACUUAAAUAUGCUAAAGAAUACGCGCAGAAAUGUGUGCCAUGCCAAGAGCAAGCUCCAAUUCCAAAAAGGCCCGCCAAUAAAUUACAUCCAGUUUUUAGUCCCUGGCCGUUCGAUAAAUGGGGACUAGACAUCGUCGGACCACUUCCCAAAGCUCUUGGAGGAGUGAAAUUUGCACUAUCCGCAACAGAUUAUUUCACCAAAUGGGUCGAAGCAGUGGCAUUGAUUUGGAAUCCCAAGCGAGUUAGUAUCAGAAAAUCGGAAGCAUUUCGAUUCUGGGGUGAUCAAAGAAUUCUGCAAGAACCUGAAUAUUCGCCACAAUUUCUCAUCUCCUUAUUAUGCUUAGAGCAACGGGCAGGCGGAAGCAACCAAUCGUGUUAUUAUGGACAACCUCAAGAAAGGCUGGAGAAAGUGAAGGGAAAAUGUACAGAAGAAUUUCCUAGAGUCUUAUGUUCCAACCGAACGACCCAAAAAAUAUCCACUGGAUUUUUCCCAUUCACUCUGGCUUAUGGGACAGAGGCAGUCAUACCCACUGAGGUACAUCUCAAGACUACCAAAACUCGUGCUGUCAAAUCUGGGGAAAACGACAACAUACUGUCUUUGGAUAAAGAGUUGCUAGAACACCAAACAACAGUUGGUAUGAUACCAUCAGGCAGUCAAGAUGAUCUAUGA